UUCCUUGGCACCUAUCCGGGCCACGACGCCCCAUGAUCCUGAGCAAUUUAGUCCCUCCUCCCACACACAUCGCACCUACAGACUUGUUUGUCCCUCAUAUCAGCUUCGCACGGCAGGUUUGCUACAAGAGGCCAGCUGUAAAGGCCUCUCGUUCUAUACCAGCCUACCUCACGUAUUUAGCCCCUGGGACGCCGUGCACGUUCUAUACACGGCUGUUUAGUUUACUCUCUAAUUCAACGCCUUAUCCUAUUCCAACAAUAGCCUCAAUCUUGCGGAUUCAUUCAAGUCAUUCUUCACCUUCACGGGUUGAUGCCUCCUGGGCUUUACACCUUACCGAGUUACAAUUCCUUUCCACACGAUGCUUGUCAAAGAACUUUACGAGGACGAUGGUCCUAGAACCGGGCUUGGUGAGCCAGAGCCAGAAGCCGACCCAUACAAGUACCAGACUGGCUUUGGCAAUCACCAUGUAACCGAGGCCAUCCCUGGAGCCCUUCCUCGGAAUGGAACUAACCUACCCCAAAAGAGCCGCUAUGGUCUCUACGCCGAGCACCUGAAUGGUACUUCGUUCAUAUCGUCGCGAGAGAGCGCUUCAAACGUUUGGAUGUACAGGCAGCGCCCAGCCGCCGCUCACUCACCCCUGAAGCAAGCCGAACGCCCGUUCCCAAUUGAAGCAUGCUUUCUUGCUACCAAUCCAAACGUGGCCUUCACGCCCCUCGCGCACACGUGGGGACCCAUCACGGUACCGGAGGGCAAGAAAAAUAUCACCUUCGUACAGGGAUUGAAUACCGUCGGAGGGCACGGCGAUGCGACACUCAAAGAAGGUCUCGCCGUCCAUCAGUAUGCCUUCAAUGCCGAUAUGCACAGAGAGGCCUUUGUCGACAACGACGGCGACCUCUUGCUUGUUCCACAAUGUGGCCCAUUGGACAUCAAGACAGAGCUUGGCAACCUCUGCGUCAAGCCAGGCGUUGUUGCUGUCAUACCAGCGGGGAUACGCUUCUCAGUCAGUAUCAUCGCGCCUGAUGUCACGGGGCUUGAUAACAGCAACGGCCUCAAAGAGCUAGACCUCAACAGACAGGCAACUGGGUAUGCGCUAGAAAUAUUUGGCAGCCACUACGAGCUGCCGGAUCUUGGUGUGCUAGGUGCCAACGGCCUUGCUCAUGUCCGUGACUUUGAAUACCCCGUCGCUGCCUUUGAUGUUGAAGCAGCCAAUAUCUCGCCCCUAGCCCCUUGGGAGAUUACAGUCAAGCUCUCGGGCCGGCUCUUCUCUUACUCGCAGCCGCACACACCAUUCGAUGUGGUGGCCUGGCAUGGGAAAUACGCGCCCUUCCGGUACGAGCUGUCGCGGUUCAGUCAUCUGACGGCGAACACGGAUCAGCUGGACCCUACCGCGUUUUGCGUCCUCAGAGCACCGAGCAAGUGGCCUGGCGUAAGCCUGGUGGACUUUUGCAUCUUCGGCGAAAAAUGGGUCGUUGCUCAAGAUACGUUGCGCAUCCCCUAUUACCAUCGUACCAUGGCGACCGAAAUAUGCGGCAUCAUUGAGGGCGAAUAUCCCGGCAGCGUUAGACCGCUCGAGGCUGGCGGCUUGUCCUUUGAGCAAAGCUACAUGCCCCAUGGCGAGACAUAUGAGGCCCAUAUGCAUGCCACCGAGGCAACCCAAGCACCGGUAAAAGUGUCGCACGAUUAUCUCGCAUUCAUGUUCCAUAUAUCGUCUCAUGUUGCGCUCACACAAUGGGCCACAGGAAAACACCCCGAUAUUCGACCGGAAUGCCUGAAGCUUUGGGACAACCUUCAGAGCCAUUUCUUCGAUCACAUUGACGAAAUCGAUUCUCAGCUACUACGAGCGGGCAUGCCGGCCCUCGAACAUCCUCAGCCCAUCCCAGACGGUGUCUUAUUGUCAAGUCCAAGCAUCGAAAAGGCCAGCUCAACGCCUGACAACAUGAUAGUUGACUUGGUUUAACGUUUCAAUCAUAGCGCCUUCCGAAUAAGCGGGCGAUAAUCAUCCGGUGCCUUUGAAAUGAUUUGAUUAUUUCUUCCCUACGACCUUCACAGACGGCAUGAUUCAGCGCAUCAUCCGAUCCAAGUUCUAACAACAGCAGAAGAAACGAGUGUCAGUGUCUUGAUGCGCUCGAUUCA